AGAACGAAAACCGUAAAUAAAUAAACAAUUAGAACCCAUGAACAAUAUACGUCCAAUAUAUACGAUUACAUAAAAUGAAUUUCUUGCUAUAUAAAAAAGCUUAAGAAAUUAAAAAAAAACUUAAGCAUAAAUCAAAUCAACGCAGUCGGCAAUCAUAAAAAUCAUGAAGAAUAAUAGGACAAUGUCAUGCCACCAAGUCUUUCACUUUACUUUUAUAUUGUUGGUAAUCGAAAUGUGUUACCUUCAAUCAAUGGCAGCGAUUUCUGCUACAGCAACACAACCGUCCAUAAGUGCGGGAAUGAGCACAUCCGAAAAGUCUAAUAUAACUGUAUCUGUGGAAACGAUUGAAAUCGGUAUAACCACUCAGAUGAGUCUGUUUAGUCAAGAGUCGACACUUGAUAGUGUAACUGAAAUUACUAUAUCGUCAACUACCACUCAUGAAAUCAUCGGAUCAGAAGGACCUGACAAGAAAGAGCAAGAAGCUAUAUUGAAAGCUUUAGACUGGCUAAAAAUGAAAAGAGCGCCGAACUACGGAUGGGAAAAUGAUACUCAUGUGGUCAUUCUAGCAAAAGAAUUAUCAGGAGCCAGAGAUCCAUCUGAUGCUGACGGACACCUGCAAAUAAUUCAAGAGCUUGAAGAUAUGCUAUCUGUGAAAGAAAUGGAAAUUGAAAUUUUAGCUAUGCUUGAUCGUCAUCAUACUUUACCCAGACCGAUCAAUCUCCAAAAACUUGCUCGAUAUGUAUUGGCUUUAGGUUCCUUAUGUAAGGAUCCGAAACAUUUUCAUGGUCACGAUUUAGUAGCUACUUUGCAGCAUCACGAACCUACGCAAGACAUAGAGUUUGCAUUAACCACUCUUUCUGCUUGUAGUUCGGCAGCACACGUACGUAAACGUCAAAUUCGACGGUUACUAGACAUAGCAAGCGGUGUAACUGAUCAGAGUGUCGAUACAAUCGCAAUGGUAAUUUUAGCGCUGCGCUGUAUUGUGACCGACCACCGGCACAGACAUCUUCAGCAUUUCGUGCGAAGACCAUCAAGAGGUUUAGCCAGUUUACAAGAUACUCGUGGCAGUUUCGGAUCUUUGCGCAGUACAGCUUUGGCAAUGCAAGCUUUGCAGGACUUGGAGCGUGAUCCUGCCGGCUCCUGGAAUCGAACAGCAGCAUCGCGUUGGAUACGCAGUAAACAAAGGGAUGAUGGAGGCUGGAGUGAAGAGCCGUUACAAGAUGGUCAGGGCCCGGAUAUUGGUGUAGGCCUUACGGCAGAUAUCAUAUUAGCCUUGGGAUGGAAAGGCCUAGGAGCAGUACGUGCACUACAGUGUGACCAUGUUAUACGAGAAAAUAGCGACCUCGCCUCAGAAAAUGGCGAACAAAAAUUAGCAGUUCCUUAUGGAUUAACUUCGUCUGUUGAAGAAUCAGAUUCAAAAAAUGUUUCAUACACGUAUACGCUAUGGGUUGGUUCAAAUGUUAGUGAAUCCUUUUCUUUGUCCCUAAUUUCUCCCAGAAAUACAAGCUUUUUCAAAGCAAUGACACAAGCAGCUGAAAUGGACCCAAGAUUUGCUUUUGAAGCAAGAGAAUGGCCUAACGGACAUUAUGUUCACACAUUAGCGGGUAAAAGAGAAGAGCCUAGGGGGUACAAUUAUUGGCUUUUGUAUCGGUUGCCCGAGCUACCAGAUCCGAACAACGCACCAGGAAAUCAGUUAAUUGCUCCCGUUGGAGUGGAUGAGCUCAUGGUUGAAGAUGGAGAACAUUAUUUGUACUGGUACAAAAAACUGUAAAAACAUGUACAUAAUAACACACGAUGAAACUUUAAUUGUUGCCCUUCAAUCUGCCGUGGAUGAUGCCGAAAAAUAUAAAACUAUUGAUUACUAAGUACAGAAUAGCAUAGAAAUGAUAGGCAAGCUAUAUGUAUAUUAAUAAUAUUCGAGCUUGAGAUUAACGGAAAACUGAUACCACUUGUCACAUAAACGGAUUUAAAAUUUUAUGCGAAUUUACACACUACAUACAGCAGAAUUUACAAGAGCGCAUAACCACAAAAAUUUUUAUAUAGAAUUGUAUAGCUGGAUGAACCAAGUACCCAAAGCCUAUUAUAAAUAUAUGCAUAUAUAUUAUAUAAAUUA